UCUAAAUUUGAGUUUCCUGGUAAUAUACGCCAUUGGAUUCUUCAAUCCCUUGGUGUUAAAUGGCAUAAUUAUAAAACAACCUUAAAGGUUGAGCAUUGGGACAGUAGACCAAUUCAGGAAAUUUUGGAGACAGUUCCAGCUGGAGUAGUUCAAAUGCAAUGGUGUCAACUUGUUAACAAAUGGUCAAAGCCAGAGGAUCAGGAAAGGGUUGCGAAAAAUUCUGCCAAUGCCAAGAAACAAACUUGUCCUCACACAAUGGGUCGUGUGUGUUCAGUUCGAAGACAAAAGGAAACGUCUAUUAAGGACAGAUUACAAUUAUGGAAAAUCAAUAGGAUGCACAAAUAUGGGACAUGGUCAUCUGAGGACGAUAUGAAGCGAUGGACGCAGGCAUGCAAUCUUCUUGCCGAAGAAGGGCUUACACCUGAAGAAGGAAAUAUUGAAGCUAAUGAGAGAGUUUUUGCUAUAAUUAUGGGACCAGAACAUUUAGGUCGAGUUCGUACCCAGGGAUUUGGUGUCACCCUGACUAGAUACUUUCCUCAAAGCAAACAUGAAGAAGGUGGUGGUAGCGGCAACAGUUUUGGACAGAUAGCUAGUCUUAAAGAGGAGUUCAGAUCAUUUCGUGAUAAUCAGGGUGGAAAUGACAAUUCAUCUGAUGCCUGA